AUGUCGGGCACUCUCCAGACUAAGCUCUUGAUAGCCCUUUCUGACGAUUCCGCAUACGAAAUCCGCGUUCUCACACGUUCCUCGGCAUCCCCCGCCGCUGCCGCGCUCGCCGACCUUCCUGGUGUGGCUAUCAUGGAAGGGAACCCCUAUGAUGAAGCCACGCUGCAGCACGCCUUCGACGCCGUCGACUUCGCGUGGGUCAACACCAAUGGCUUCGCCAUCGGGGAGAAGAAUGAGAUCUACUGGGGCAUACGCAUGUACGAGAUUGCGCGCAGCCGCGGCGUGGCGCACUUCCAGUGGGCAUCGCUGCCGUAUGUGUCCAAGUUGGGCGACUUCGACCCCAAAUACCGUGCAGGGCACAUGGACGGCAAGGGCAAGGUCGCCGACUACAUCAGCGCGCAGGCGACGAGCCCUAUGAAGUGGACCGUCCUGACGAGCUGCAUGUAUAUGGAGACGCUGGCAGAGCUGCUGGCGCCGCGGCAGAGUCCUGACGAUCCCGACCUGACGGUGUUUGCGGCGCCGCUGGGGAACGGGCGACCGCCGCUGAUCUACCUCGCGGACCUCGGGCGAUACGCACGCUGGGUGUUUGACAACCCGGACCGCAGCAACGGGAUGAAUCUAAUGGUCGCGACGGAGAGCGUGGGCUGGGAGUACCUGGCUAAGACGUUCACAGAAGUGACGGGGAAAAAAGCUAUCUUCAAGGAUAUAUCGCUGGACGAGCUCUUCACAUCCGGCGCGUUUCCGUUUCCGGAUGGGAAG